AUGCAUGCAUUUUAGAAGAGUCAUUUGUUAGUCCAAUGAUCCAAUGGCUAUUGUCCACUUUCAGCACCCCCAAACUGACAUUUGUUUCUAAUUCCUCACAUUAUUCUUUUUUACUUUCUUUAUUUCCUUCUCACUAUCUCUCUAGUCUCUUCUUCUUUCCAUACUUAGAAUCAACCUUCCUUUCCAUAAACCAACAACAAUAACAGAUUUUGAGAGAGAGAGAGAGAUAUAGAGAGUUUGAAAAAAAGAGUUUCAAAUUAAAAUCAUGGAAGGAGAUGAUGAAAUAAAGAAGCAAGAAAUAGAAGAGAAAGCCAUGGAUGUUACUCUCAAGGAUCUCUCAAAGAAACUUGAAGACUUUGCCAAAGCUAGAGAUUGGGAGCAGUAUCAUAGCCCAAGAAACCUCUUGCUUGCCAUGGUUGCUGAAGUAGGAGAAUUAUCAGAAAUUUUUAUGUGGAAGGGAGAAGUGGCUCAAGGCCUCCCAAAUUGGGAUGAGUCUGUCAAAGAACAUCUUGGUGAAGAACUUUCUGAUGUUCUCUUAUAUCUUAUAAGACUUGCAGACAUUUGUGGUGUUGAUCUUGGAGAUGCUGCAUUAAAGAAAAUUAUUAAAAAUGCAGUUAAAUAUCCUGCAAAUAAGUAAAAUGAACUGUUGAAUGUUGUUAUUGUUGGUCUUAUUCUGGUAUUAUUAUUGGUAUUGUUAUCAAUAACAUGUUGGUGGUUUUUGUCUUCAUGUUUUAAGUUCAAAAACAAAGUUAUCAUAUUUAAUUAAAACUAAG